CACACUCGCUCAGAGAAAGCCUGCCCCCCACCCCCCCCUCACCUUUCUCCCAGUGUAGAUAAAAAGCCAGAGUGAAAUGGGUAUCCAACGCCGGUGUCUGAGCUGAAGCCCCUUUGCGGAGAUAGAGAGGGAGAGGGAGAGAGAGAAAGGGACUGUACUUAGCCAGCGCGAAAGGAAAGCGGGACCUGAGUGAACUCGAACUCCCUGCGGAGCGACCAGUAUCUGGCUGGUUUGGUUGACCGCCUCUCAGGGGUCCCCUGACACAGAAGGAAGAACACCCAGAAUUUUUCUGGUUGAGAGGGUCUCUCUCUGUGCUGGGUUUCUGCUCAGCCAGCGGCAGCUGAAGAAAUCUUCGCCCUGGGAGACUUCACAAAGGAAUGUCCAAUACGACAGGACGGACAGGUCACGGUGGUGUCAAUCAGCUCGGAGGGAUGUUUGUGAACGGUAGGCCGCUGCCAGAUGCGGUGAGACAACGGAUCGUCGACCUCGCCCACCAGGGAGUGCGACCCUGCGACAUCUCCCGGCAGCUGAGAGUGAGCCACGGGUGUGUCAGCAAAAUCCUCGGCCGGUACUACGAGACCGGCAGCAUCAUGCCAGGGGUCAUCGGCGGCUCCAAGCCCAAGGUCGCCACGCCAACCGUGGUGCAGAAGAUCGCUGAGUAUAAGCGGCAGAACCCGACGAUGUUCGCCUGGGAGAUCCGCGACCGGCUGCUGGCUGACGGGAUGUGCAGCAAUGACACCGUGCCCAGCGUCAGCUCCAUUAACAGGAUAAUACGGACCAAGGUUCAACAGCCGUUCCACCUCCCCCUGGAAGAUCAUUCUCAAGCACGGCUCAGUCCCGCACACGCACUGGUCCCCCGUUCGACAGUCACACCCCCCGAAUCUCCCCCGACGAGUGAAGCACUCGGCACAUCCUACUCCAUCAGUGGACUGCUUGGGAUCGUACAGACCAGCAACGACAAGAGGAAACGGGCAGAAGGCGUGGGGGACGGCUGCGAGGCAAAAUGCGGCGCUCCCCGCAAGCAGAUGAGGACGGAGACCUACCCCCGGCGACUCAAGGGCCCGGAGCCUACCUUCGACAGGCCGCGCUACGCUGAGGCCUACUCGGACACCAAAGGUGACCAGGCCCCUCUGUACCCACUGGCAUCACUGGGCAGUGGGAUCGAAGAAGACAAGCAAGACUUGACCCCUCCGUCCACCCAGGUUGGCAGGGGUGUUCCUCAGGCCUACUCGGUGGUAACAGGACGGGACAUGGUUAACUCGACGUUGCCGGGAUACCCGCCUCACGUUGCCGUGAACAACCAAGGCGGGUAUGCGUCUUCUGCCAUUGCCAGUAUGGUGCCCGGAAGCGACUAUUUGGAUGGUGCGUACGCUCAGUCCCACUACACAUGUUGUCGCGAAGUUUGGCGAUUUCCCAACGCUGGAUUAAUAAGUUCCCCGUACUGCUACGGUUCUACGCCUCAAACUACUGCGCCCCCUGCUGCUGCCGCUGAGGACUACGACCACCUGUAGCAUCUGGACCAAAAUGGAGGCCUCCGCUGAGCUGGUGGCGGGAGUUGGGGGUGCGGGGAGCGGUGAAGUUCGGCGCCCGGCCCCACCAACCCCGCCAUCGCAGUUGGAUUGAGGACGUCGCACAGGCACAGAGGGAGGGCGGGACCGCCGUUAUUUUGCCUUCGAGGACUGUCCGACCCGCCUCUCUGCCCACGCCACCCGCCAACCUCCCUCCCCUCCGGGUGGGCGGGGGAUCGACGGAUCGCCGAGACGGGCGCGGAAAGCCGACGCUUCGGAAGACUCUCGCUUUCGAACCCACAGAGACAGCGUGUUUCAAAACAGGGAAAGCUUCCCGGCGUUGGGAAUGCCGCUGGCCCAGGGUUACAACGAUGGCCUCCUCCCAGUGACUCCCCCCACCCCCACACCCUGCCGCACAAUGCCCAUCCGACCGCAGACCCCUGGGGGCCAGGGGGAUUGGGGGAUUCGGACGUAAAGGACUCAGGUUUGACUCAUGUUCCACUUGGGAUGCAGGAACAGCAACUCAUGUUCCGCUUGGACGACAUGUCCAUCAUGGGCCUCCUGCAGUGCCACAAUGACGCCACCCGAAGGUUGCAGGAACAGCAACUCGUAUUCCGCUUGGGAACCCUGCAGCCUAAUGGUAUCAAUGUGGACUCCACCAGCUUCAAAAUCUCCCCUUCCCCCACUGCAUCCCAAAACCAGCCCAGCUCGUCCCCGCCUCCCUAACCUGUUCUUCCUCUCACCUAUCCCCUCCUCCCACCUCAAGCCGCACCUCCAUCUCCUACCUACUAACCUCAUCCCGCCCCCUUGGCCUGUCCGUCUUCCCUGGACUGACCUAUCUCCUCCCCACCUCCCAACACAUACUCUCCUCUCUACCUAUCUUCUCCUCUAUCCAUCUUCAGUCCGCCUCCCCCUCUCUCCCUAUUUAUUUCGGAAUCCUCUCCCCAUCCCCUUUUUCUGAUGAACGGUCUAGGCCCGAAACGUCAGAUUUCCUGUUCCUCUGAUGCUGCUCGGCCUGCUGUGUUCCUCCAGCUCCAUGCUUUGUUGUCUCCAAUUUGAGGAGCCUUUCCGAAUUCCCGGCUGGGGGAUUCUCCACGAGCGCGCGGAAACGUUGAAUUACCCCCUCCACCACUAACCCCCCCAGCGGCGUUUUCCCAUGCCCGUGACCCUUGGCCAAACGAAAUAAACCGUGUUAUUCUGGGCGAGCCGACCAUUUGGCCAACUAAAGCGCGGCUGUUGAUCUGUUCCUUCCCGAUGUUUGUCAAAUUGGGAGAUGAGCAGUCUUAUUGACACUUCCUAGAUACUUCAAACGGUCGCAUUGAAUCCCAAGGGCUGUUAGUUGGCAUUGCAAAUACCCCAUUCGGCACCCCCCACCACCUCAAGCCUGCUACCCCGUCCGACAGGAUCGCGGCCAAUCCCACAUUCCUCACAUCUGCUUUCCUGCCCCCUUUCUCCCCGACUGAUCAAGACCCUGUCGAUCUCACCUGAAGUAUGCACAAGGACUCUCUCCCCACCCACACAGCUCUCUGUCCCAAAGACCCUCAACCACCCCGAGAGAAGAAAUUCCUCCCCAUUUCAGCCUUCAGCUGGUGCCCCCUUUACUCUGAGGCUGUGCCCGCUGAUCCUGGACUCUCCCGUCAGGGGGAACACCCUCUCAACAUUGACCCUGUCGAUGUGUUUCAAUGGGAUCGCCUCUCAUCCUCCUAAACUCCAGAGAGUCAGAGUCCUGACCUGUUUAGCCUUUUCCCAUAAGACAAUCCCUUGAGAAGGGAGAAACAGCAUUAGCCUCCCAAUUCCAUCAAGAACUCUUCCUAAGAAGCAUUAACUCCUCGGACAGUACAGGACAGGAACAGUCCCUUCGUCCCACCACAUGCGUGCUAGCCAUGAUGCCGUUCUAAGCACAUCCCAUCUUGCCAAGACAUGGCCCGUAUCCCUCUCUUCCUGCCUGUUUCUGUCCAAAAACCCAUUAGAGAUCGCGAUGGUAUCUGUUCCUAAACCCUCCCCGGGAACAGCAUUGCACCAUCUGUGGUAAAAUAAAACUAGCGCGUUCCCUUGAAAAUCCUCCCUCGCACUUUAAGCCAACAACCCCACUAGUAAUUGACAUUUCCAACCUGGGAAGAAGAUUCUAACUUGUUUGCUUAUCACCCUCCCUCCAAGAUGCUGCUGAAACGAAUUACAGAAUGCACAGCAAUUUCUGUAUUUUUGUCAGAAACUCCCUCUGUUAUACGAUUGCUCAGUGAUAUUCGAAAUAUUGCCCCUCACAAACCCUGAGUGGGGGGGGGGGACUUUUCUCUUGCAAAUGUACAUACGUAAAGCACAGGAAUAUCCCAAAGUCAGAAGAAAAGACAUUUCAAUUUGAUGUAGCAUGAUUUAAGACCUUGGAAAUAAAAUUUG